AUGGCAUCUUCACCCCCCACCAAAGACGCAUUCCAGUUUCCUACACUGGCCCCUCCAAACCAUUCUGUACUCAACCCGCCAGCAUCUCCCCGCCGAGCUUUGAGAAGAUUACAGUCCGCGCACACUCUAGGUUCAUCAUUCAAUCAACCAUCCCUGAUCUCACAACAACAUAAGCAAGCUUUGCAAAAGAUUAUCCCGCCCGUGCCAAAAGAUGCUACACAAUCGUCAACUACAACUCAUUCUAGAGCAAGAUCCAACAGUGAUGUAACGAACAUGGUCCCAGUCCCAAAUUCUUCAAUGAGGCGCCCUACAUCAAACAGAAAACUUACCGCGACAGAAAGUAUGUCGUUAGAUCGUCUACUUAGAGAGGGCCCCCCCCAUGGAGAUAUCAUUGGAAGUUUGGAGAGUAUGAGAUUGAAAAUAUUGGAUCAAGGGGUUAAGAGUGAUAGCGAUGGAAUGUCCUCUUUGCGCAUUUACAUCUGGCUUAUUUUACUCAAUGCACCUACCCUUGAAACCGACGCAUAUCUAUCUCUAAUCCAUCGCGGUGCAUCUCCCGCCUAUUCAAAAAUUCGAAAUGAUACCUUUCGAACUCUAGCCACCGAUCCUCUUUUCCGCCGCCGAGUUAGUGAAGCAAGCCUAAUCCGACUCUUAAAUGCAGUAGCAUGGAAAUUACACGAUGCGAAAGAGGCGCGAGCAGAAUACCGAAAUAGACAGAUUAUGGAGGCGGCUAUUCAAGGUUCUCCAGAACGAGGUCCUUCUUCGCCAAGUAUGAGAUCUAGAGCUCGUGCUCUGACUUUAACAACGGAAGGUUCUGAUGUCGGGGCUGGAGAACCGGGUACAUAUGUUCAAGGCAUGAAUGUACUCGCUGCACCAUUCCUCUACGCUGCCCGUAGCGAAUCUGAAGCAUUUGCUGCUUUUCAUCGCUUCAUCACAACUGAAGUUCCUGGUUAUGUGAGAGGUGCCAUGGAUGGUGUUCAUAAAGGACUCGCAUUAGUGGAUAAAGUUCUAGCUAUUGUUGAUCCAAAAUUGAGUCUUUAUCUGAUUGGAAAGGGUAUGAGUGCAGAAAUUUAUGCUUUCCCUUCAGUACUCACUCUAUGCGCAUGUACCCCUCCAUUACCCGAGGUGCUCCGUCUUUGGGAUUUCUUGUUUGCCUAUGGUGCCCAUCUCAAUAUCCUUUGUAUCGUGGCACAACUUGUUACUCUCAGGCAUUCAAUAAUGAGUUCUCCUAGUCCUACAAAGAUUCUCAGAUCUUUCCCUCCUUUACAAGCGGAUACCAUUAAAGAAGUCACACUUACUAUCAUCAAGAAAAUUCCGGAUGAUGUUUAUGCGGAAAUUGUUUCCCAUGCUAAAUAG